CAUGUUGCCAUGGUAACGCCGAUGACUAAAACAUGUCUGCAAAAGCGAAACAAAGCAACAAGUCAGCGGAUAAAAAUGCAAACGAUAGAAAUGACGUUGCGUCCAAAGAAAAUUAUGCUGAAAAAGCCAACCCUCAAUGGAAACUUAUUUCCCAUGAACAAAUCAACACGCUGUUGGAUUUGACAGUGGAACAAGUGCAAUUCCAGUUUGAAGAAAUACUUGGUUUGAAGAACUACCAGACGUGUCUGAAGGAGGCUUCCCUGUUGGACUACUUUGUCUCUGGCUUCUGGUGGACCAGGGAGAUGAACUACACCUGUCAACAGAUCUCAUUCAUCAUGGCUCUACUGCAAUUGUUACUGGACAAUAUCAGUGAGAAGCAGAUGCCGUUUGUUGAUAACCUGAAUGAGUUUGCCAAGAUGAUAUCAGGAACGCGCCAGUCUCCUUCUCCAGAGGUUGACUCACUGUUUGAUGCUGAGCAGGCCAUGUCCAUCACUGACUACCUGAAGUGCAGUCUCUUUCAGAACUACCAACUCUAUGAGUUUCUCUUCAGCCAACCUAGAGAGGAGCUGCUCCUUGGGAAGAAGAGGACCAUAGAGGUGAUCAGCUCAGCAGACUUUGUAGCCCCACUGGAGGAAGGCAUGAAUACUGAUGACUACCUCCAUUACAUGACUCCUGUUGAACAGCAGGAAGAGGUACUGUACUGUAGGACUACUGAUGACUACCUCCAUUACAUGACUCCUGUUGAACAGCAGGAAGAGGUACUGUACUGUAGGACUACUGAUGACUACCUCCAUUACAUGACUCCUGUUGAACAGCAGGAAGAGGUACUGUACUGUAGGACUACUGAUGACUACCUCCAUUACAUGACUCCUGUUGAACAGCAGGAAGAGGUACUGUACUGUAGGACUACUGAUGACUACCUCCAUUACAUGACUCCUGUUGAACAGCAGGAAGAGGUACUGUACUGUAGGACUACUGAUGACUACCUCCAUUACAUGACUCCUGUUGAACAGCAGGAAGAGGUACUGUACUGUAGGACUACUGAUGACUACCUCCAUUACAUGACUCCUGUUGAACAGCAGGAAGAGGUACUGUACUGUAGGACUACUGAUGACUACCUCCAUUACAUGACUCCUGUUGAACAGCAGGAAGAGGUACUGUACUGUAGGACUACUGAUGACUACCUCCAUUACAUGACUCCUGUUGAACAGCAGGAAGAGGUACUGUACUGUAGGACUACUGAUGACUACCUCAUUACAUGACUCCUGUUGAACAGCAGGAAGAGGUACUGUACUGUAGGACUACUGAUGACAACCUCAUUACUCCUGUUGAACAGCAGGAAGAGGUACUCUACUAUAGGACUACUGAUGACUACCUCAUUACAUGACUCCUGUUGAACAGCAUGAAGAGGUACUGUACUGUAGGACUACUGAUGACAACCUCAUUACUCCUGUUGAACAGCAGGAAGAGGUACUGUACUGUAGGACUACUGAUGACAACCUCAUUACUCCUGUUGAACAGCAGGAAGAGGUACUCUACUAUAGGACUACUGAUGACUACCUCAUUACAUGACUCCUGUUGAACAGCAGGAAGAGGUACUGUACUGUAGGACUACUGAUGACUGCCUCAUUACAUGACUCCUGUUUAACAGCAGGAAGAGGUACUGUAAUUGACUCUACCAUGGGCUCUGCUUAGGUUACUUCUCACAGCUGAUGUUUUUAUAUUUUCGUGUACUAUCUGGAUUUAAAAGACAAGUAGAUUAAUAAAUAAUACAGAUUGUAUUAUUGUGUAUUAUUUCUGAGUUAGUGUCACUCCUAUUCCAAAACUCCUAUUCCAAGUCAGUGAUCCUGCUAUUUCCCAUAAGACCACAGGUGGGUGCUGUCACACUGUUGAAGACCUCUUCACUGAGAACUGAAGCUUGACUUUAUGACUGAUCAAUGUGUUACCACUACUACUAGUACAUACCAUAACGGUUGAUUUGAACAUGUAGCAACAGAAUGUAAGGGUAGGAGAUUGUAGUUAAAUACCAUAACGGUUGAUUUGAACAUGUAGCAACAGAAUGUCUGAUACUGACCCAGGGACAGAGGACCAGCCUGUCUGAUAGGUGGUGUUCUGUUGACCCAGGGACAGAGGACCAGCCUGUCUG